AUGGAUAAGAACUUUCAAGAAGAAGAGAUGGCACAAAUUACUAAAUUUACACCUCCUUUGUACAAACAACGCUACCAGUUCGUUAAAGAUUUAGUGGAGAAAUACAAGCCCAAGAAGGUGGCAGAUUUAGGAUGUGCUGAUGGCUCACUUCUCAGGAUGCUGAAAUUCUGCAGUUGCAUUGAAGUGUUAGCUGGGCUAGAUAUCUGUGCAAGUGUAAUGGAAGAGAAAAUGUAUACAUUGUCUCCUCUUCCUAUUGAUUAUUUGCAACCACCUGAAAGAUCCCUAACCAUUACCUUGCAUCAGGGUUCAGUUGCCCAUAAAGAUCCUUGCAUGCUUGGUUUUGACUUGGUGACAUGUAUUGAACUAAUAGAACACCUGGAAGAGUCAGAGCUGAAGAAGUUUCCCGAGGUGGUGUUUGGUUUCAUGGCUCCAGACAUAGUUGUGAUUAGUACUCCAAAUUCAGAAUUUAACCCUUUGUUACCAGGAGUGAUCUUAUACAGGCACCCAGACCACAAAUUUGAAUGGAACCAAGCACAAUUCCAAGGCUGGGCCCUAGAGGCUGCUAGAUGCUAUGAUUACUCAGUGGAAUUUACUGGUGUAGGGCACCCACCGACAGGAAUGGAGAGUGUUGGGUUUUGUACCCAAAUAGGUGUGUUUCUUCGAAAAUAUCCUCAAACCAGUAAACCUGUUCACUCUGAGAAACCCACUGAAGCAGUUUACAAAACAGUCUUCAAAGCAGUGUAUCCAAGCCUUAAAGAUGAGAAGUACUUGCAGAAUGCAGUGGUCAAUGAAGUUACUUUCACAGCACAAAUCAUUAAGCACCGUUUCAUGUCAAAACAUGAGGAGUAUGGUGAUGGUCCUGAGAGAAAAUCCAAAUUCCAACCUUCAGUGAACUAUUUUUCGGACUUUCUUGGAAAAUUGGUUGUUGAAAAAAACAUGGAACCAUUUGUCAGUGGAAAUGUGGUUUAUGUACCUCUCACAACUAUCUUUUCUUUUCCCAAAGUGAAUCGACUUUGUGGUACCUUUGAGAAGUUAUGCAAACUUAUUGCAGGCAAGGUCACCAUGAGCAGUGAUGGUUCUGCUGUGAUGCUCAGUACUGAAUAUGAAGAGAAUUAUAUCACAGAUUUCUCACACUAA